AACAAAUGGACAAGAAAGAGUUCAUUGAUCCCCUGAAUAACGUAUCACUAAUUAAAGAUGACCUGACCAGUUCCAACAUGGGAUCCUCUGGUGACUCAGAGAAAAUGAUCAAGCAUUUAAAUGAUGAUCUUCGUGAUGCUCAGGAGCUUGCUAACACUGAGAGACACAAAUGCACGGAGCUAAAAGGUAUCUUGGAUGGAGAGAGAAAAGAAAAGAAACAACAAGCAGAUGAGUCGGCAAAACAGAUAAAACAUCUCCAAGGCCAGCUGCACCAGCUCCAGGAUGAAAUGGGCGUUCUCAGGGGGCAGAUGGAUGUUUCCUCCAGCUCACGUGAUGAGCUACAAAGUGCACGUGAUGAGGUGAAGUCACUGAAACGUGCCCUGGAGUCAGCCACUGCUGAGAGGGACCGUGACGUCGCUGCUAACCAGACUAACCUGGCAACCGCCUCGAAGGAUCUGGACAAGUGGCGUCAGACUGCCAGCAAAUAUGAGCAUGAGAUUGAAAACCUGCAGCGUGACCUUCAGCAGCAGAGCAAGCAGUGGCAGAAAACUGCAGAGAUACAAGCCAGUGAGCUGCAGUCCAUGCAGGUGGAGUGUAAUGGGCUUCAGAAGGAAUGCUCUGUCCUGCGAUCAGAGAAACAGGACAUGGUCAAUAAGCACCAGAAGGAGAAGAAUAGUCUGCAAAACGAAUGUGCUGCACUCAGAGCUGAGAAGGAGGAACUCUCCAAGUCUAUGCUGCACAAACAGCAGCAGCUGGAGAAGGAACUUGCCAGUUCCCGUGCUCAGAAUGCUGAACUGAGCAACAGCCUCAAAGCCCUAGAGAGAUCCCAGCAGGAGUUGGAGAAGAGGCUGGCAGCCUUGCAGCUCCAGCACCAGCAGGAUAGCACCAAGUGGCAAACCCAACUGGAUGAGUCAGACAGUCGUAACAAGGCUCUGCAGAGAGAGCACGAGGAGACCAUAACUGAGCUGUCGGACCUGACGGAAAAAUAUGAGAAGACUGAGCAGGAGACUCAGUCGCUUACAGAUGAACUUGAGUCGUGCAAAGCCAACAUGAAGGAGCUUCAGGAGAAAGGAUCAAAGACAUCCCUAUUGCUGCCUGCACAAGCCAUAGUCAUCGGCCUUUUCCUGGCUUUGCUGUAUUGGUGCUUCGGUGCAAUGUGGUAGUAAGAGAGCGUGGAUGAUCUGGGGGCCGGCGGUCGCUGUGGCUCUAACGGCGGUGACGGCUGCUGCACUCUUCAGAACCUGAGGGCAACUCGCUCGAACACAUACACAAGUGAAUCCAUGUUUGUCAUCAGAUUUUGUCUGCACUAAAACUGAACAACUUGCCCCCCUCAUCAUAUCUGCACUAUUAAUUAGGAGGGCUCCUACGUAACACUGUUUGAUUAUUAAGAUGCUCUAUUUUAGAUGGCAGAGACGUUAAUAAAAGAAUGUGAGUUUUCGUGGAAAUGAA